UGUGUGUGUGUGGUAUCUCGGUGUCGUCACUAGGGAGAGAUCUUUCAGCGGAACUAAAUCCAGCUGCUAAACUCCAGCAGUCCCGCAGCCGCCUCCGGUCUCCGCACGCGCGCUGUUUUCUCACCUGCACCGUCCCAUCGGAUCCGGUCUCACGUCCCGCGGUUUCCGGUGCAGAGCCGGAAACUUCCUCCGGUCGGGAUGGACGGAGCUGAGGAGCUGCGCGCGGAGUUCACCGACGCCGCGACCGGGAGACUCAGAUUCUCCGUGACCUUAACGGACAGCUGCCUCUCGGUGCGCAAGAUCGGCGGGUCGCCCGUGUGGCAGCACGGACACGAGCACGCGCUCGAGCUCGGCCUCGGUGACUGUGUGGGAUGCCGCGCGUGCCGGAGUGAGGACGAGGCGGACACGGCGGCGUAUCUCUCCGCUUAUUUCUACCCGGCGCGGCGCAGUUGGACCGGAGCUCCCGCCGGCCGCCAAAGGGUGGAGCACCGAUUCCGGGUCCUCACCGGGGAGGACGCUCGAGCCAACCUGGAGGAGGCGGAGAGGUGGGCGCGCGCUGUCAGACACCGCGCAUCACAGCGCGUGCAGGGUCUCAGAGACGGUGUUGAGUUCAGUCGAGUGUGUGUCAGCCGGAGUGUGAUGGUGUUGGUGAAUCCUCAGAGUGGACGAGGCCAGGCGAUGUCUCUCUACACUGGCCCUGUACUGAGCAUGCUCACUGAGGCAAACAUCUCUCACACACUCAUCACCACAGAGCAUCAGAACCAUGCACGUGAGUUGGUAAGAAAUGCUGACCUGUCACAGUGGAGCGCCAUUGUCAUCCUCUCAGGGGACGGUCUUCUGUUUGAGGUGAUCAAUGGUUUGAUGGAGAGGGAGGACUGGGAUGAAGCGAUCCGCACUCCACUUGGCAUUCUCCCUGGAGGAUCUGGCAACGCACUGGCAGCAUCAGUGCACCAUUACACACAAGCUGGCCCUGCACUGGGUGAAGACUUGCUGCUAAGCUGUUGUUUCCUGCUCUGUAAAGGUCUGGUGUGUCCUCUGGACAUCGUCUCUGUGUGUCUCUCCUCCGGGCCCCGUCUUUUUUCUUUCCUGUCGCUUGCCUGGGGCUUCGUGGCCGACGUGGACAUUGAGAGCGAAAAGUUUCGCAAUGUCGGUGCCAUGCGCUUCCUCGUGGGCACUCUUCUGCGCCUGGCAUCUUUACGCACCUACCAGGGCAGGCUGGCAUUCCUGCCCGCAAGAGAGGACUCCAAAUCGUCAUCGAUUUCCUCUUCUCCUGCUUCACAUCCUCGUUCCCUUUUUUGUCCCUCUGUUCAGUGUAUAUCACACAUGCAGCGGCAGAACAGCAAUCAGCAUGAAUGCACAAGUGAAAAUACACGCCAUAACUCUAAUGGUGAUGAUUUCUUACUCUCCAAAAAUGAGUCAAAGGAUGGCAGACUACCUGACAACCGCUUGAGCCCUAUUGGAGAUCCCGUGCCAACAGAUUGGACCAUAGAAAAAGAGCAAGACUUUGUUCUGGUUCUGGCGACCUGCCACUCUCACCUGGCAGAGGAGCUGAUGGUGUCACCGGAUGCACAGCCUGACGAUGGGCACCUUCACCUGCUCUAUAUAACAGCAGGAAUAUCACGACCAGCCUUGCUUCGACUCUUCCUGGCCAUGGAGAAGGGGACGCACCUCACAUGCGAGUGCCCACAUCUGAUUUACCGGCGUGUCCGAGCACUGAGGCUUGAGCCAAUCACGAAGCCUGGAGUCAUUACUGUGGAUGGGGAGCAGGUGGAGUACGGGCCAAUUCAAGCUCAAGUGCACAAGGGAUGUGCCAGGAUCAUAUGUGGAUGACCUCCACCUAAAAACAUGGAUGAGCUAAAGAGGCCAUUCUAACUGAUGGUGGAAAAUGGAAUUAACCUCAAGUUGAUCUUGUGUGGUUUAGACAUGGUCUUUUUACCUGAUGGUUGAGAUGUGCAACUGAUUGUUCAAGCUCUUGCAGAGCAUCAUGGAUACACAUGCUGGUGGGUUUGUAAAUCUAAUACGAGUAAGUUUUUUAAAAUGUAUAUCUGCCUGAUAUUAGAUACUCUGCCAUCUAAGCUCAGCUGAAGCCCACAUCAUGCUAAGAGCUGCUUUGACUUAACAGAAACAUGGGUUUAGUCCCAUAACAAUUCUGUUUAGAACAACCAAAGGUACCUUUUUCUACUUUCCCUCUUUUCUUUUGUUUUUAAUGCCAGGUUGGUCUAGCUGAUGGGCAUGUGCUGGUGGAUAUGUGUGUGAGUUUUAUAGAAGUAUGUUAUGAUCCUGACAAAAACACAUACUAGCUGGCUUGAACCCACUCUAUAACAGUGCUCAUUUGGGGUUUUUUCUACAUUAAUAUCUCUCAGCUAAGUGUGAAUAUUGUAUAGAGAGCCCUAAUACAGGAGAACAUGAGAAUGGCAUCAAAACAUCGUUCAGGGCUUGCAUGGGGAGCUGAAAAUGGCAUUGUGUUGGUGGUUGUAGAACUCUAUGUGACAAACUAGAACUCCAGUUAUUAACUGUUGACCUAGAGUGAGUGGUUCUAGAACUUUAGCUAACAGUUUUAGAACUCCAGUUGAUUAUUUAUGACCUAAUGUCGGUGGUUUUAGCCCUCAACACGAAAAUAUCACACGUGAAGUUGGUAGUUCAAGAAGAACAGCUAAUAUGUUUUGUAAUAUUUUGGUUUUAGGACUCCACCUCGUAACAUCAGAGCUGUGGACAGUGGGUCUAAAAACCCAGUUGAUAAUUAAUGAUCUCAGGUCAGUGGUUCAGGAAUAAUUCCAGACCUGAAACUCUGUGUACUGACCUGAAUCAUGGUUCUAGAGCUACAGCUGAUAAUCGCUGAUCUGAAGUUGGUGGUUUAGGAACGUCGGUUGAUAAAUACUGGUCUGAAUCUGGUGAAUGUAGAACUUCACUGACCUACAGUUGGUGGUUUUAGACUGCCAGAUGAUAAUUUGGUGUCCUGAAGUUGGUGGUACUAAAACCUGAACUGAUAAUUCCUGAUCACUGGUCCCCAGCUGAUAACUCCUGAUCUAAAGAUGGUGCAUUUUAACAGAUGACUGAUUCUAUGGGUUUCGAUUUCCAGCUGAUAAUUCCAGAGUUAUGUUUAUCUUUAUUUUUUCUGGACAGUUUUCAAGAUUUAAUAUGUUAGAAAAUCUAGAAAAGCAAUAACAAUGGUAAUCCACAAAAAAGCUACUCUUACUAAUGGUACUGUAGCAGAAACCAAUAACAAAAAAACAUGUCCUCCUAUUACCAAUAGUGUGCAUUAGAUUUUAUGCAAUUUUUUAUGCCAUUAGUAAUGCAUUAUAUUCAUACAGCAAUUACAAAUAAUUACAAGCACUUUUUACGGGCUUUAACAGAAAAAUUAUAUUGAAUUUACAUUAUAGAGCUCUCCUGAUAUUAAAAUACUUUUAAUCUGUGCUGUUAUAUAAUAAUAGCAAUAUUUAAUAUAGUACAUAGCCUAUUAUUAGUAAUAGUAGUAAGAUACUAUAUAACGACAUUAAAAGUUAAGCCAAAUGGUUUACUAUUUAAAUUUAGUCCUUCUUAUCUUCUUGAGAAUCUUGAGUACAAUAGUACUGAUUGUUCAUCAAAGAACACACACACACACACACACACACACAAGUUUUGAGCCUAUAGAUCAAUAAAGUUGUCAGAUCUAUGUAUAAAGAUCACCUUAAUGACUGCACUGUCCGAAAGGUCAUGACCCAUAAAUCAGUAGAGUGUAUGAGACUGUGGUGCUAUCUCUUGUACAAAAAAAAAAAAACCAGAUAUCUACUUUCAGGUCUGACAUCAUUCACUCAAAGUUAGCUAAGAAUUUCAGGUUGUAUUAUUAAGACAACUACACAAAAUGUUCUUUUAUUUUUUUUUCAUUUGCAAUAUUCUCAUUUUUUGUUAGAUAAUAACGCUGUAAAAGACGUACACCAUAAUAAAGUAUAUUAAAAUCUUUUUUCCCUUUGGCGUUUUUCCCUGAAACAUUUACAUAUUAAAAACUUAACUACAUUUGCUCUAUAACAGUAUUAAACUUUCAGACCUAUCAGAUUUGUGAAAUUAUAGUAUAACAUUUUUUUUUAUCUGUUUAAGGUUAUGUUUAAUGUGGAAUUUCCUAUUAUUACUUUUAUUACAGCAACUAUAACUGGGAAGUGGAAAGUGGUAGCUCAGUGGUUAAGUUGUUGGAUGCCUGAUUAGAAGAUUGAGAAUUCAAAUCCUAGCACAGCCAAGCUGCCACUGUUGGGCCCUUAACCCUCAACUGUUCAACUGAAUAAAUGAGAUAAUUGUAAGUUGCUCUGAAUAAGGAUGUCUGCCAAAUGCCAUAAAUGUAAAUCUGUAAAUAGUGAUUCAAUCACCAGGUUCGCUGU